UGAUAGCAACCGUAGAAGAAAAAAAGCUCCCAUUAAAGCUAGCUGGUUAGCACGACUGCAAACCUAUAAUUAAACAUAUUUGUGAUUUUUUUAAAAUGCUUCUACAGUCCGUAAGACCCUGGCUACUUCGAUGCAGAGUAUUACCGCUGUCUUGCGCGCGAACAUACUACGCAGACAGCGUCGCUCGGCUCGGCUCCCAACCUGAUAAACAGUCGCCUGAGUACCAGGAAAAUUAUGAGCGAAUGAAGGUUUUGGUUGAUGAAUUGAGGAGCCGAACAGAGAAGAUCAAGUUGGGUGGAGGAGAAAAGGCAAGAAAACUUCAUACAUCUCGAGGGAAGCUGUUGCCAAGAGAGCGCAUUGACAGACUACUGGAUCCAGGGACUCCGUUUUUGGAAUUUUCCCAGUUUGCAGGAUAUGAAUUGUAUGGAAAAGAGGAGGUUCCAGCCGGGGGGAUGAUCACUGGGAUUGGACGUGUUUCAGGGGUGGAAUGUGUUGUUGUUGCUAAUGAUGCUACUGUUAAAGGAGGAACCUACUACCCCAUUACAGUGAAAAAACACCUCCGUGCACAAGAAGUCGCCCAGCAGAAUCACUUACCCUGCAUUUACCUGGUGGAUUCUGGAGGAGCCAAUCUUCCCAGACAGGCUGACGUCUUUCCAGACAGAGACCACUUUGGCCGUAUUUUCUAUAACCAGGCCAGGUUAUCUUCAGAAGGAAUUGCUCAGAUUGCUGUUGUGAUGGGCUCCUGCACUGCUGGAGGAGCAUAUGUACCAGCAAUGGCAGACGAGAGUAUCAUUGUGCGCAAGCAAGGAACCAUCUUCCUCGGAGGACCUCCUCUGGUGAAAGCUGCCACCGGGGAAGAGGUAUCUGCAGAAGAUCUUGGUGGUGCUGAUCUACACUGCAAAAAAUCAGGUGUGACAGACCACUACGCUUUAGAUGAUAACCACGCACUCCAUUUAGCCCGAAAGACGGUCCGUAGUCUCAACUACAGGAAGAAUAUCGAGGUCACUGUAGAACCCAGUGAAGCCCCCCUUUACCCCGCAGAUGAGCUUUACGGGAUAGUUGGAGAUAACUUGAAACGUAACUUUGAUGUCAGAGAGGUCAUUGCCAGAAUUGUGGAUGGCAGUAAAUUUGAUGAGUUCAAGGCAUUUUAUGGAGACACGCUGGUUACAGGCUUCUCAAGAAUAUUUGGAUACCCUGUUGGAAUUAUUGGCAAUAACGGAGUUCUGUUUUCAGAGUCUGCUAAAAAGGGAACACAUUUCAUCGAAUUAUGCUGCCAAAGAAACAUUCCUUUGAUUUUCCUUCAAAAUAUAACAGGGUUCAUGGUGGGAAGAGAGUAUGAAGCUGGAGGUAUUGCCAAAGAUGGUGCUAAGAUGGUCACUGCUGUGGCCUGCGCCAAUGUGCCGAAGAUUACAGUCAUCAUCGGCGGUUCCUACGGUGCAGGCAACUACGGCAUGUGUGGAAGAGCGUACAGCCCUCGAUUCCUCUUCAUGUGGCCAAAUUCGAGAAUCUCUGUAAUGGGAGGUGAGCAGGCGGCGACGGUCCUGGCCACCAUCACCAAAGAUCAGAGAGCACGAGAGGGAAAAGAGUUCACAGCUGAACAAGAGGCGGCUAUGAAGGAACCAAUUGUUAAUCGGUUUGAAGAGGAAGGCAGUCCAUAUUACUCCAGUGCCAGAUUGUGGGAUGAUGGUAUCAUUGAUCCAGCAGACACUCGUCUGGUUCUGGGACUGAGCCUCAGUGCAGCUCUCAAUGCGCCAUCAAAGAGGACCCGCUUUGGAGUGUUCAGGAUGUAACUUUCCUGUAGUUUUUGAUGUAUAUAGACACAUAUUUGUAGUAUAAAUUGAAAUAUGUGGAAAACAAAUUUCAAUAGGACAACUUCAGAGGACUUAGUUUUGUGACUAAUUGUCGUUGUGGGACAUUUCCACAGUAAAGUUGUGCCUUUAGUAUUACUUUUCCACUGUAAAUGUGGCUGUACUUAGAAACAUUUUUUUCUUUCUUCAGUUAAAUUUUCAUCACUUUACUGUAAAUGAAGAUUAAACACAUUAAAACUUCUGUUUUAAUUUUCUUUAAUCUCUUAAUAAUGCUAGAGAACAUGUGCUCAAUAGGGGGCACUAUGUAGCCAAGAAUAAUAGACUGCCUUGUUAAGUGAGACCUACAGGUUUAUUUUUUUUUUCUGGUUUUUGGAGCUCCUUCAUGUUUUUAUGUUUUCAUAAUGCAAGGGAGUUGUCUAACAAUAAAUAAUGUAUGUGGUGUACCUCGUGGUAGAGUUUAUAUAAUCUUUAGAGACUGUCUUUCUACAUAAAGUCGGGCAUUUUUGUAUUUCCUCAGCCAUUUGCUCUAUUCCCAUAUAGAUCAGUUCUCCCUGAGUCUCAGUUUUACUCCAGGGAUUUGGAGGAUCAUUGUAUUUACAUGCUUGCAUGCAGUCGGCUAGUUAAAGUGCUUAACUAGAAGCCCUUCACGCUCCUCUCUGGAUGACUGUAGUUUAAGCACUAAGGCUGGGAAAUGCUCACCUUAGAGAGGGAACAGAAAUAACUGAGGGCAUCAUGUGGGCAUGAGUUUAUCUGCCUUCUACCCACGCCUCCUGCUCCAAAUGUCACCGUAGGAGGCUUUCCAAAAUCUCACAUCAUGUCUUCCAAAAUUGUGGUCAUUCUGCAGAUAUAAGAGUGAAUAUUUAAGGAAUACUUUAGUGUAAUGAAAGUAAUAGCAUGGAGCAUUGAAAGAUUUUGAUUUCUCAUUGGACAUUCUAGAAUUUGUGUAUUUAUACUGUUUUAAGAAAAACUGCCAACCCAAUAUGUAAAACAUUCAUCUGAUGUGCAUCUUCCAGAUCUCUGACAGUGAUUGUAUUUGUUUCGUUCAGAAUAUCUGGCAGGAGUUCGAUUUUUCUUAAAAGUGCUUGCUUUGCCUCCAAGCUUCACAGCCUUUCUUGGCUUGUAUCGGAUUAAAAGGCAGUUGAGACAAACGGCCAGAAAGACGAGCGCUCCGAAUAACAGCGAUGUGUGGAUGGUUUAUCUAAGAGAAAAUAAAAUGUCUUUAGGCAACUGAACAAAGAUGAAACUGGUGAAAGAGAUUAAAGUCAAGUGAGGAUCAUUGAAGGCAACAGUGCAGCAGCGUGUGGCAUUUCAUUACAUUAAACUCAUCAAGAGGAUUUAUUUCAGUCAGUUGAAAGUGUGAAAUAUUGAUCCAUUAUCCUUGGGGUGAUGGGUAUUUUAAUUUAUAUAUUUAAGUUUGAAAAUAUUUGCUGUCAGCUAAUAAAAA